AAAAAAAAAUUCCAAAGCAGGCCAAAUUCUAAUGCCACCGUUUCCAAACCUUCCAAAUCAAACGAACCAAAAAAGAGGGAAAAAAAUAAAAUAAAAUAAAAUGGCUGCUCUCGUCGGUGAUUCCAAUAUGGCCGGAAUAUAUCGCCGCCGGGAUAUACCUCUGGUAAUAACUCAAGGAAAUCCCAGCAAAACUUCGUCGUAUUUCUUGGUCUUAUAUCCGAGUUGCAGAGGUCAGCGGUUUAGUAGCAGUGCGGACUCAGUUGGGUCCGAAUUCUCCAAACAAAACGCAUACGAACUCUUAGGAGUUUCAGAGACCAGCUCAUUUGCCGAAAUCAAAGCUUCUUUUCACAAAUUGGCCAAGCAAACUCAUCCUGACGUUGCACAGUCCAAGAGAGAUUCCGAUGCUUCUCAGAGAUUUGUGCAAAUACUUGCAGCCUAUGAGAUUCUUUCUGAUUCUGAAAGGAGGACCCACUAUGACAGGUAUCUACUAUCUCAGAGAAAGGUUAUACAAAAACAAUCUGGUCAGGGCGCAGCAUUAUACACUUAUAAAACCCAUGCUACAACGUAUAAGCAAAUGGAAGUUGUUGAAUGGUUGAAGUGGUAUAGAUUAGCUAUAAAUGAUAUAUUGUCAGAGAAAAGAGUGGUUGUUGGGAAUGGAUAUUUUGAUGUACUUGAAAGGGAUUUUUAUUCAGCCAUACAUGCAGCAUUCUAUGGCCCUGUAAUAGAGUCUAUGGAUUUUCUUCCCGAGUGCUUCGAAGCUGAGGAGAGGUCAGUGUAUGAAACUCCUGAGGUGCUUCAUUUGGUUUCAGGGCGUGAUCUUUUUGGGAUGGUCUGCUUGGUAAACAAAGUUCCAGAACUGUCAUUUUACAGUAACAAAAAGUUAGAAUCUUUCAGUUCUGGCGAUAUGGGUGUCCGUCAAUCUGUCAAGGAUGUGAGCUUUUUUAUGAACUCUGAGGGUAUGAAUGACGUAAAGAAUUCACAGGUGAAUACAUGCAACCUAAAAGACCAUGCAUCUGAUGCAUAUAGAGAUUUAGAAUUGCAUGUAUCUGGAAGGGUGGUUGCUAUGGCAACGAGAGUCCCUCCUAAAGGCUACUGUGAUGGGAUGCAGAAUGAAGACACUCAUGAUAAGAUUCAUGUAUUUCUUAACUCAUCUCAAUAUCCCACACAUAUUAAUGAAGGAUUUCAAAAGAAUUCCUUUUCAGGCGAUGGAGUUGGAUUAAGAAUUCCCUUGGGAACUAUAUCUGGACUGGGGACUAGCCCAGAAGAAGGGUCUUGCUUUGUCUACAAUAGCAGUGGUACCAAAACCCAUCUGAUCAUGAAGCAUAGGACUCUGAUGGUGAAGCACAUGCACUGGUAUGAACUUGGAGAAGAAGUCUCUGUUUGUGAGUGCAGGUGCAGUAGAGCCCGGUUACCACCAAGCAAAUUUUGGCUAUUUGAGCCUCGAUGUGGCAUGCAUGAUAUAGGUGGUUGGUAUCUUGAAACUUUUGGUAGAGACAGGAAAGGCCGGACAGUCCUAUCACAGCGGUAUUGGGAUGGCUUUGAUACAAAUGAACAACUUGAUAAAAGACUCCAUCCUGCAAUGUAUGUUCUUGCUCUUGCAUAUAGAACUUUAGAUCUUGAAGAUGCAAAAAGAAGGAAAUGGUAUGCCAGAGUGGUUGUUGAACAACAAGUAUCUAGAAUUCUCAGGUGGUGUAAAAAACUUGUAUAGAAGGGACACAUGUACCCUUUGACACAUCAAAUGCUUCAUCUCUCCGCACUGAGAAUGCCUUAUUUUGGAGUACAGAGGAAUAAUCUGUUUUUUCACUCCAUUUUUCAUUUUCUCGAUGCCAUUGGAGGCAAAGUAAAAGAGCAGUAAUCAUGCAAAAUCACUUGUCCUCUGUAUCUUGGUCAAAGUGAUCUAUAGAGAUCACAAAGAUAACUCUUGGUAUAUCAUCAAAGGACAGUUGACUAGAGUAUCCAGCAGAUGCUAGAAACUUAUUUGGCAAAAUAUUAUUUGGGGCUUUCUUACACCAUAUUCAUUAGCCAUCUGCCUUGGUGUAAUGCUUCAUGUCCAAAGUUAGAGGAUCGGUUUUGGUUUUGCAUUGUUAUCAGCUGAUAAAGGUUGUAAGAAAUCAAAGGAUGAUGAUCAGCGAUUCUGUAUCCCGCUUCUGAUGUUCAUAAAUCAUUCUACUACCAGGAUUUGUAAAGAUUGUUUUUUGGAUAUUUCGGAUAUCCAGUUGCUAUUGCAACAUAUUCUGAAAGGUGCUAAGGCAUUGCUUCAGGGAUGGAAGGACUGGUAAAUUUAAAAUUAUUCUGGGGUAAUUUAUUCAAAAUAAUUACUAGGUGGUGGCUAAUUGAGAAGAAAUUUAUAGUAUUUAAACUUCCAUGCAAACUCAUGAAGAUUCAAUUCUGCGGUAUUAGGUCUGACUUAGCAGGUUAUAUAUGUUUAUGAUUUCUUAUGAUAAUAGCUGCAAGGCUUAUGUUGAAGGUUACUGUUUUUCUCUCUUCCCCUUAAUGUAUAAUGUAUGACUAUAUUAUAAAUCAAGCAUGUCACUAUUUGUUAUA